AAGAUGCAGGCCUUGUUUUGGUAGCUGGAGGACAGCUGCUUGCACAUAACUUGAGGGAAAUACGGAGGUAUAUCUGGGUAUUCAUAAAUAAUGUUUUCCCUGUGGCUUUGUCUGGAGAAUGAAUAGCAUACGUACUCCUCUGACUGCUUCCACAUGAAUCGUGGGUUCCGCAACGAUUAACUCGCCCUGAGCUCAUCAUGCAUCAACUACUCGGGUCUGCCGAGCGGCGGAGGGUCAGUGUGCGGUCCCGGUCCCUCAAGUAGACGCCGCCGCUCUCACUUCAUUCGCGUGUUCUUUUUGUCGCGAAUCUCUUUCCUAUUUUGCUCCCGUUUACUUGGACUUCAACGGAUCGGUCAAUAUGGGCAAAAAGGAGGAAGAGGACAUCAUCAGAAUCGCGAAGAAGAUGGAUAAAAUGGCGCAGAAGAAAAACGGGGCCGGGGCUUUGGACUUAUUGAAGGAGCUGCGGAGUAUCCCCAUGACUCUCGAGCUGCUUCAGUCUACCAGAAUUGGGAUGUCCGUUAACGCCAUCCGUAAGCAGAGCACAGAUGACGAGGUAACAUCCCUAGCCAAGGCCUUGAUCAAAUCAUGGAAGAAGCUUUUGGAUGAACCGAACAGUGGAGAGAAACCGGAUGAAAAGAGGAAAGAGCAAACGACGUCGGUUUCUCCCUCGCAGGGAAGCCCAGAAGCAAAAGAAGAAAGCAGCUCGAGCAGUAACUCCAGCAGCAAGAGUGAGCCUGCUGACGUUUCAACCAACACGUUGAUCAACACAUUUCCUCGUGCCCCUAACACUUCCGACUCUAUCAGGAUCAAGUGCCGAGAGUUGCUGGCCAUUGCUCUACAAACGGGAGAUGAUCAUAUUGCUAUUGGUGCCGAUUGUGAUGAACUUGGAGCACAGAUCGAGGAAAUUAUCUUUCAAGAGUUUAAGAACACAGACCCGAAAUACAAGAACCGUGUGCGGAGCCGAAUCUCGAAUUUGAAAGAUGUGAAGAACCCUAACCUACGGAGGACUGUGCUAUGUGGGAGUGUAACCCCUGAGCGGAUGGCUAAGAUGACCGCUGAGGAAAUGGCCAGUGAUGAGCUAAGAGAUUUGAGAAAGAAUUUGACCAAAGAGGCUGUCAGGGAACACCAGCUGUCCACCACUGGAGGCACUCAGACGGAUCUAUUCACCUGUGGCAAGUGCAAGGGGAAGUGCUGCACCUACACACAGGUUCAAACUCGCAGCGCUGAUGAGCCAAUGACCACAUUUGUCUUCUGCAAUGACUGCGGAAAUAGAUGGAAGUUCUGCUGAGUCUGCACUGCACGCCGACAAGUAGCAAAAUUCCUGGACCAGGUUAUCUCUGCAACCGAUUGGAGCUUUGUAUUUUGUGGGACACAACACGCCAUACAAAGAUGCCACAAGUUAUUGUUUGAAUAAAUAUCCUGUUCAUAGAUUUGAGCUCAUUGUCAGUAUCCGAAUGCCCUCCCCCCAAAUAUUUUACUAUUGUUAUUAGUUGUUUUUGUUCACGGUCAAUCUUGUCUCAUUCUCUUUUAUCAGCAUUUUUUAUAUGUAGUUUUAACACUUUGGACAAUGUUGUUUUUGCUUUUCCCUCACAACAUUGUUGCAUUGUUUUAUUUAAUUGCCCAAUAAAAAUGUAAUCCAUUUGAUUAAAAAGAAGUGAUUUUCAUUAGGCUUCAGUGUGUGUGUGUGUGUGUGUGUGUGUGUGUGUGUGUGUGUGUGUGUGUGUGUGUGUGUGUGUGUGUGUGUGUUAUUGGUGGAAUAUUCAUCACAUCAAAGUGAAUGCUGAUGUGUGCAUAUUAAUCUGCUGCUGUCUGGGGACAGGAUAAUGUCAUUGGCUGAACCAGGGAAGACACACAAUUGUUUCCCUUUCCUCCUAGGUUUAUUUUUUUAAUUGCCAGGUGCAACCACUCCAUGUUGACGAACAGUUGUGCUCCCUUACCCUCAGACAAACUGUUGUACAAGGUUAAGUCUGUUUAAACUUUUAACUUGAGGAACUAACUCAUUUAAAACAAUAUUAAUCUGUGUGCAACAUCUUUUCUUUUCUUCUAAUUUAUGGUUUAAAACAAUUUUGAUAAAAUAUGAAAAGGCAUGUAUUAUCACUGCGAUAAAACAAAGUGAUAUGUGUUUUUGGAUCGUUGAAAGACCCAAACUGAACAUUAGAGUUCAAUGCUCACAAGCCCAAACAGCUGUUGCUGUGAUCUGCUUGUUUGAUGGCGAAAGUCCCCAAUAUUUAGGGAAAACAAAAUAGUUUACUGGACACACAAAUGCACAAUGAUGGAGUAAUUGUGCUAUUGUUACCUGCAAAUCAACUUAUUUCUCUGCUGAUAUAUUUAAAUCUUUUAAUGCGUGCCACGAGAUUAGGUGAUUUAAGGCUCUCUACUGUAUUGGGAUUUGUUGUUUUAUUACUUGAUUGUUGUGUCGUGUGGUUUUGUGAUCAAAUCAUGCCAGAGUCAAUAAAAUUAUUGUGCUUUAUUUUUAUCUU